AAUCCUUUUGCUUUGUUGGAAUUGAAAAGCUGGCAUGUACAUGGGUGAUUCUUCAUGUUUGAGUUUGGCAGUGGGGCUAAUGGUCUUAUGCGUUCGGCUGGUCUCGGCUGCCGGUGGCCGCUCUAUGAUGAGAGGGGAGACUCUGUUGGCUAAUGGACUUGGUCGGACACCGCCUAUGGGAUGGAGCAGUUGGAAUCAUUUUGGCUGUAAUAUCCAAGAGAAACUAAUCAAGGAAACAGCGGAUGCAAUGGUGUCAAGGGGUCUGGCCAAACUUGGAUACAAAUACAUCAAUUUGGAUGAUUGUUGGGGCGCGUCUAGUCGAGACACCCAUGGAAGGUUAGUUCCCAACGCCACUAAAUUCCCAUCAGGUAUGAAGGCAUUAGGUCAUUAUCUCCACAGCAAAGGAUUAAAGUUCGGCCUUUACGCUGAUGCAGGAACUAGAACAUGUACCGGAACCAUGCCUGGAUCAUUAGAUCAUGAGGGGAAAGACGCACAAACUUUUGCUUCCUGGGGCGUCGACUACUUAAAGUAUGACAACUGUGAUAAUAAUGGUAUAAACCCAGAAGAUAGAUACAAGAAAAUGAGCGAAGCACUUUUGAGGACAGGGAGGCUCAUCUUUUUCUCCAUAUGUGAAUGGGGAAAAGAAAUGGUGGCUACUUGGGGCAAUGAUAUGGCAAAUAGUUGGAGAACAUCCGGAGACAUUCGUGAUAGCUGGGAUAGCAUGGUGUUACGUGCUGAUCGAAAUGAUGAAUGGGCAUCUUAUGCUGGACCGGGAGGUUGGAAUGAUCCGGAUAUGUUGGAAGUUGGGAACGGAGGGAUGACAUUAGAGGAGUAUCGUUCGCAUUUUAGCAUAUGGGCACUGGCUAAGGCUCCUUUAAUAAUUGGGUGUAGCAUACCAAAGAUGACCAAUGAUACUUAUGAAAUACUAAGCAAUGAAGAAGUCAUUGCAGUAAAUCAAGACCUCCUAGGUGUUCAAGGCAAAAAAGUGAAGAAAGAUGGACAUUUAGAGGUUUGGGCUGGUCCUCUACAUGACAAUAAGGUAGCUGUGGUUCUAUGGAACAGAGGUUCCAAAAAAGCAACGGUAACCGCUUGCUGGUCCGACGUCGGCCUCGAUCCAACAGUUGCCGUGAAGGCACGGGAUCUAUGGACGCAUUCGAGUCGAUACGCACUGAGACACCAAUUAUCAGCUCAUUUGGAUCCGCAUGCCUCCAAGAUGUAUAUCCUUUCGCCCCUUUGAAGAACUUGAGAUGAUGCGACUCAUACACAUAAGGAUUAUAUCUAUUUGAGUUGAUUUAUGCCUAAAAGACGUUUAUUUGGACCGU